AUGCUCGCAAGUGAAAGCACCGGACUCAUGGAGAGACAAGUGCUGACGACUUUGCAAAUUCACCAGGAUUACACGUGCAACUAUGGCACCUGGGUCAGCGCUCUCAACACCGCCGCUGUCAUCAGAUAUCUCUACAACAUUGGCAAUGGCGACUGUGCUGCCCCUCCAGGAAGGCCAGGCGCAGGUGGGUGCAGUAACACUGGCUGCGCGGGGGAGUCGUCCAUCUGGCUGUGCAACGACUACAACUUCCAGCUCCACGUGCCUUGCCGACUCGUGGCAGACAACGCUGUCGAGGUGAUGAUUAAGUGCCAGAACAACGACGUGGUGCGGGGACAGAUCUUUUCCACUGACCGAGGCUGGAACACAAUCAUCAACCGCUGCUAAGUAGGCUUUGUUAGGUGCGGCUCAGAUUUUGUCUCCCUCUUGCAUUCACCGGCCCCAGGUAUUUAGCGAUGCAAAAUGACAGGGAUCCUGUUGCAACCAGAGCAGAGAAGGGAUGAUCUCUGUUACGUCCCGUGCCACAUAUGUAGCAUUUGCCUCAAACUCAACAAUUUUAUGUCUGUGAUCAGCACUCUUCCUCCAAUGUCUCAC